AUGACUGUGCUAUCGAAACCAAUAGCUGGUAGUUCCCACGCCACUGUUCCUAGUACCGUGUCGGUACUGCCGCCUGCGUCUCCAACGUCGUCUGAGAGCAGCGUGGCUGAUGCAGAACCUCGAGCUCCUGGUUCGUCUGGCGGAAGAGUCCACUACUAUGCCGAGGAAAUAAGGUCCCACUGGAAUAUGUAUAAAAUCAUAACCCGACUCAACACCCCAGCUCAGUGCAUUGCAUUUGAUGAAGAGCAUAGGCUCCUUCCUACAGAAAAAAUGUGCUCAUAUCAUAAAUGGAGACCUAUGGCGUUAAGCUCCAGCAGUAAGACUGGUCAGCUUGGCAUACUUCGAUGCAGGAAGAGUAACUGUCGCUCUAAGGCAGUGAGUCGGGCAGCGGGAACAUGGUUCGAGAAUGCGCGGCUGUCCAUCAAGUUACAAUUUUUACUGAUGUAUAUGUUCAGCCAAAAAUAUAGUUAUCUUCAAGUUAAAUUGGAAACAGCCCCUGAAGAUAAAGAAACAAUUUUAUCAACAAGGACAAUAACUGACGAGUUUUUUGCCGAGAGACAGUAA